CACCCCUCCCUCCGCAUGGCGCCGGCGAUGGGGCUGAAGCAGGGGGCGGCGGCGGGAGCGGGGGCGGCGGCGGCAGCAGCGCAGACCGUCACGCUGUCCGCGCCGGCCGUGCGGGACGCGGUGCGCGCCGCCGUGCGGGAGGCCGAGGCCACCGCGGCGAAGGCCACCGCCCCGGCCGCCGCCAGGGUCCCAGCGACGGCGGCAGUGCCGGCCGAGAUCGCUAGGGACGGGGUGCUGUGCCUGGAGGAGGUCGACGGCAGGCGGUGGAGCUACGUGGUCGACGCCGCCGGCGCCGCGGUCAAGGCCAAGGGAAGGGCGUCCGUCGGUGGCGCCUUCAAGGCCGUCCCGCUCCAGUCCCCGCUCCCGCCCGUCGAGGAAAUAAUGUCCUUUAUAAGGUCAUAUGUUGUGCCCGAAGGCUUUCCAGAAAGUGUCACACCUUCAUAUGUUCCAUACAUGACAUGGAGAGCAAUGAAGCAUUUCUUUGGUGGAGCAAUGGGUGUGUUUACAACAAGAACCUUGCUCAACUCUGUUGGAGUCUCGCAAAGCAGGGCUGCAUCUGGUGCUGUGGCUAUCAACUGGAUACUCAAGGAUGGGGCUGGGCGUGUUGGAAAGAUGCUUUUUGCCCGCCAAGGGAAGAAAUUUGAUUAUGACCUGAAGCAGCUUCGCUUUUCUGGUGAUCUCUUGAUGGAGUUAGGAGCUGGGAUAGAAUUAGCUACUGCAGCUUUCCCACAACUUUUCCUACCAAUGGCAUGCAUAGCAAAUGUUGUUAAGAAUGUUGCUGCUGUGACUUCCACCUCUACUCGAACACCAAUCUACAAGGCAUAUGCAAAAGGAGAAAAUAUCGGUGAUGUCACUGCUAAAGGAGAAAGUGUUGGAAACAUUGCUGAUCUGUUGGGAACUGGAAUGAGCAUUCUAAUCUCUAAAAGCAAUCCAUCACUGGUAACUUCUUUUGCCGUCUUGUCGUGCGGAUAUCUUCUCAGUUCAUAUUAUGAGGUGAGAUCUGUUGUACUGAAUACCCUGAAUAGGGCAAGGUUCACUGUGGCUGUGGAUUCUUUCAUCAGGACUGGGUAUGUACCCUCACUGAAGGAUGGAAACUCACAAGAGACAAUAUUUAAUCCACCUUGGCGACAUGAGCCAGUCGCAAUAGGAUCAAGAUUUGGGGAGGCGUUUCAAGAACCUGCUUCGUUUAUUGCUAUAAAACCUUUGUUCGAGGAUGAGAGGUAUAUUGUUACAUAUAAUCCGACAAAGGACAAGGUAUAUGCUUUGCUCAAGGACCAAGCAAAGCCAGAUGACAUUCUCAAAGCUGCUUUCCAUGCACAUGUGUUACUGCAUUUUAUCAAUGCUUCACAUGCUAACCUGAAUGCACGGAAGCGCAUGAACGCCAAUCGGUCAUACCAGUAUAACCCACUGAACAUGGACUUUGUACCACACAUCGAAGAGUCAUGCAAGAUCGUUAUGUCAUCUUAUGGAGUCUUCAAGAAGAAAGCAAGAGAACAGGGAUGGAUAAUGUCUGAAUCACUUCUUAACCCGGGAAGAGCAAGAUUGUGUGGAGUAGUACCACAAUGAUCCAAGUCUUUUUCGUUUUUCAUGAUGAAGAGGAUGAGUUCUUUUUCAUACAAUUGGAGUCCAGCCCUAUGUGAGUCAGCAAAACUAACUUAAAUCAACAAUCAGCUCAAGUACAUAAAAUGCACCAAAUCCUUAUGAGCCCAGAAGGAACAGUUCUUGAACCUGGAACAUUAGAAUUACUACAGACACCAUGAUAAACAUGCACUGGGAGGGGGCGCUGACUCAUGAAGGACCAGUGUAGGGGCUCCAAACUAAUUGCGGAAUACCAACUAACAAACUUUUUGUAUAUUCUUUCGGUAUUGUAUAAUGGAGACGGCUAUCCGUCCUAAUGUGACCGGACUAAGUGGUCAUCAGUUGAUUUGUUUUUGACUAUCUGACAACAAUUUCCCUGCUAACCUCCUUGCGGUAUCGUGGUUCUCAUUUCCCUAAUUUGAGGGGCUGUACAUGCCAGUUUUCGUAAAGAAUAGUUGUGUUUGGAUGCACAUUGUGUU